AUGCUAACACAUAAAAACAACCAAGGAGGGCGUAAGAAAAUGCAAGUGGCUUUCGUCAUACGGGAUGCAGAAGAAAAGCGACACCGUAAUGGAGUGAAUGCACUGCAACUGGACACAAUUAAUGGGCGGCUCUAUUCGGCCGGUAGGGAUGCUAUCAUUCGUUUAUGGAACUCGACGCAAACUACCUCCUCCGAGCCGUACAUUCAAAGCAUGGAGCACCAUAACGAUUGGGUGAAUGAUAUCGUCUUAUGCUGCGGUGGUCGUAACUUGAUAAGCGCAAGUUGUGAUACCACAGUAAAAGUUUGGAAUGCACACAAAGGUUUCUGCAUGUCGACUUUGCGUACACACAGGGAUUACGUACAGGCGCUUGCAUACGCCAAGGACCGUGAGCAGGUCGCCAGUGCUGGAUUGGACAAAGCCAUUUUUCUGUGGGAUGUUAACACACUUACAGCAUUAACUGCCUCCAACAACACAGUAACAACGUCCAGUAUAUCGGGAUCAAAGGACUCAAUCUACAGCUUGGCAAUGAAUCCAUCUGGUACAAUAAUUGUGAGUGGAUCGACGGAGAACACGCUACGAAUUUGGGACCCACGAACCUGCAACAAAAUAGCAAAGCUGAAAGGGCAUACAGAAAAUGUGAAAGCACUAAUUGUGUCGGAGGAUGGCACGCAGGUCGUGUCUGGCAGCUCGGACGGAAAGAUUAAACUUUGGAGCAUCGGGCAGCAGCGGUGCAUUCAAACAAUUAGUGUGCAUUCAGAAGGUGUCUGGUGUUUGCUGAUGACCGAUGGCUUUUCACACGUCAUUUCCGGAAGCCGAGACCGUAAGAUUAUCAUGACCGAGCUCCGCAAUCCAGCUAAUAGCGUUUUAAUCUGCGAAGAACAAGCACCCGUACUGAGCAUGUGCUACAACAUUGACCAGACAGGCGUGUGGGCUACCACAUGGAACUCGGACAUUCGUUGCUGGAAGCUCCACAAAACGGAUAAAUUAUGCAACUACAGCUACUCGAACAGUUGCAAUAGUAUUAACAAUGGGUACGAGGUGGCCUGCAUUAAAGGUGGAGCCGCUAUUAAACGAUAUCACGUGUUAAAUGAUAAGAGAUUAAUGCUUACCCGCGAUACGGACGAAAACGUAGCCAUCUACGAUGUGUUAAAGAUUAAAAAGGUCGAAGAUCUCGGGAAGGUGGACUUUGAGGAGGAAAUCAAAAAACGUAGUCAACGAAUUUAUGUGCCGAAUUGGUUCAUGGUGGAUUUAAAAACUGGUAUGCCAAUGAUAGUCCUUGGACAGGAUGAGAUCGAUUGUUUCGCGGCUUGGGUUUCGGCGGAAGCUGGACUUCCAGAACAUGCAGAACCCGGAUCCGAUCCAAAAGUGAACUAUGGUAGCUUAUUGCUGCAAGCGUUGCUAGAGCAUUGGAGGCCGGCCCCACCCCAUCACCACAUUCAAGGCGGACCGGUGGAAUUGGAAAAUGGUUGCGAUGGUGACAUUCGUGGCAACGAAUACUUUAGCGUGCCGAAGCAUACGCCGAUUAUUUUUAGCGAAGUCGGUGGCCGGAAUGUAUGCCGGUUGCUUGUGAAAGAUGCUGCUGGAGAGACGGAAAGCGCACUGCUUAAUGAUACUGUCCCGUCGUGGGUUACCAAUGUGGUUAUUGAUAGAACGCUACCCAAGUUUAUCAAGCUUCCAUUUUAUCUAUUGGCACACCCAUCAAUGCUGAAACAGGAUCGCAACAAGAAGGAACGAUUGAUAGCGAACGAGUUUAUCCAAUGUCGAAAAGUUUGUGAGCAUGUUCUGGAGAAGGUGUUAGGGUCAGAUUUGCCAACGGCUGGAAGCACCGGCAAUUCAAACUCCUCGCAGAACAACAGCCAAAGUGAUGGUAAUUCCGAAAGCAGUCAAAUACCGGCCGAUGAACGGAUAGAGUUGUUAUGUAACGAGGUGUUGUGUGAUCCGAACAUGGAUCUUCGCACAGUGAGGCAUUUCAUUUGGAAGCAAUCAUCUGAUUUAACUUUCCAUUAUCGAACGAAAUUGAACUAA